AUGUCGUCGAAAGAAAAUGGCAAUGUGACAAAGAGGAAAUUCGUAAAUGUGAAAAUUAAAAAUAUAAGAGUAAAAAUGCAGUUCAACAUUGGAAGUGAUAUUACCAUUGUGAAUGAAGAAACUUGGAAGAAUAUCGAUAAGCCAAAAUUCAAAUUGGCAUUUGGUCCUUUCCUUCGUCCGAAACCAGCAACCACAUUGACAAAUCUCUUGUUGUAUUGCAUAUGUCGCUUAGCACGACCAGUCCUCUGUUUCUUCUUUUCUUGCUUCUCCACUUUAGGGGUUUAUCCCUUCACUUUGCCAGCUCGAGCCAAAGAACCAUGGACUUUGCCUCCAAGCAUUCUCAUAUCCAAGAGCAGUAGUAGUAGUAGUAGUAGUAGUAGUAGUAGUAGUAGUAGUAGUAGUAGU